ACAGGCAUUUCAAUACAGAAACGACGAAGCUAUUGACCGAUUCCCAAGGCAACCUUUUUAAGCGCGAAUCCGUCCUCUCACCCGUCCCCAACUCUCUCCUCUCUCACUGAACUCACCGUAUGGCCGCCACGGCUCGCCUGAGCCGCCGACUGUGCGCCGCCGCAGUCGCCGCCGUAUCCGGAGGCGCAGUCCUCCUAUACCAGCCCUCGCUGUCGGCCAACGACCUCGGCGGUGGGUCCCAGCUCUCGGCAAUUCGGCAGAGGAUCAGCGACCUGAAUGCUGCCGUUCCGUCCAGGGCGGUCCAGGAGGCGGCACUGAUCGGCUCCAGCUUGGUUAACCCGCUCGACGUCCUCGUGAUCGGCGGCGGCGCCACAGGAAGCGGCGUCGCCCUCGACGCCGUUACCCGAGGCCUCCGCGUCGGACUCGUUGAGCGAGAUGAUUUCUCCUCUGGCACGUCCUCGAGGUCCACGAAGCUCAUUCAUGGAGGAGUUCGUUACUUGGAGAAGGCCGUCUUUAAUCUUGACUAUGGGCAGCUGAAGCUGGUAUUCCAUGCGCUAGAGGAACGUAAACAGCUGAUUGAGAAUGCACCACACCUAUGUCAUGCUUUACCAUGCAUGACACCAUGUUUUGACUGGUUUGAGGUAGUAUACUACUGGAUGGGCUUGAAAAUGUACGAUUUGGUCGCAGGACCACGCCUAUUACAUUUGUCCAGAUAUUAUUCUGCACAAGAAUCCAGUGAGCUAUUCCCCACACUUGCAAGGAAGGGUAAAGAUAGAAACAUGAAGGGGACGGUGGUUUACUAUGAUGGUCAGAUGAAUGACGCGCGACUUAAUGUUGGACUGGCAUUGACUGCUGCAUUAGCUGGUGCAGCUGUGCUUAACCAUGCAGAAGUAGUAUCAUUUCUGAAAGAUGAAGUUGGUGAGCGAAUAAUUGGUGCACGAAUUCGAGACAAUUUAUCAGGCAAAGAGUUUGAUACGUAUGCAAAAGUGAUUGUCAAUGCGGCUGGGCCAUUUUGUGAUUCUGUGAGAAAAAUGGCCGAUAAAGAUGCGCGACCAAUGAUCUGUCCCAGCAGUGGUGUUCAUAUUGUUCUCCCCGAUUACUAUUCACCUGAAGGAAUGGGUUUAAUUGUUCCUAAAACUAAGGAUGGACGUGUUGUUUUCAUGCUGCCAUGGUUGGGACGAACAGUUGCGGGAACUACAGAUUCCAACACUACCAUUACUUUGCUUCCAGAACCACAUGAGGAUGAGAUUCAAUUUAUACUGGAUGCCAUCAGUGACUACCUUAAUGUUAAGGUAAGGCGAACAGAUGUCCUUUCUGCAUGGAGUGGUAUACGCCCACUGGCAACGGAUCCAUCUGCAAAAAACACUGAGAGUAUCUCCAGAGAUCAUGUUGUAUGUGAAGAUUAUCCUGGUUUGGUGACAAUUACGGGUGGGAAGUGGACUACUUACCGUAGCAUGGCAGAAGAUGCAGUUAAUGCAGCUAUAAAGUCUGGAAAGCUGAGCCCAACCAAUAACAGUUUAACUCACAACCUGCGGCUUAUUGGUGGAGAUGGAUGGGAUCCUGCAUCAUUUACAGUUCUUGCUCAACAAUAUGUACGCAUGAAGAAGACACAAGGUGGUAAAGUUGUUCCCGGUGUAAUGGACACAGCUGCAGCGAAGCAUCUAUCUCAUGCGUAUGGAACUUUGGCUGAAAGAGUGGCUGCAAUAGCUCAGAAUGAAAAUCUGGGGAAGAGGCUUGCCCAUGGAUAUCCUUUCCUAGAGGCUGAGGUUGCAUACUGCGCUCGGCAUGAAUACUGCGAAUCUGCUGUUGAUUUCAUUGCUAGAAGAUCUCGGCUUGCUUUUCUCGACACUGAUGCAGCAGGGCGGGCAUUGCCACGCAUCAUUGAGAUAUUAGCUACCGAGCACAAAUGGGACAGGUCGAGGAAGAAGCAAGAGUUUCAGAAGGCUACAGAAUUUUUGGAGACUUUCAAGUCAUCAAAGAAUGCUCAUUUCCAUGAUGGAAAACACACAUAGAUCAAUAACUCAAAUGAGCUGGAUUUUUUAGAAGCUCAUUUUUUCGCUCUUCAAAUUGCUCACCACAAUUUUUCAACCUCGUUCUAGUGCGAAAAAGUUUGAACGGCUCUUUCACUCCAUCCCAGUUGUGAAGUUGAGUUCAUAGAACAGAUCAGUAUGCGAUCCUGUUGACCACGGCUUACACAAUUGAAAGGAACUUGAUUAUCUCGAACCUGUGACACAAUCUGCUGAAAUAAUGUUAUUUUUCUCAAAAUUGGUUGAUCCCAUAUGCUUCAGCCUUGUGCAAAUAUGCCUUUAAAUUGGUGAUGGGCUGCUGUUUAUGUUUUCGAUUAUUUGAAAUUAAUAAAUAACCUAGUAGUUACCUUUCUUCCU